CGCAUGCGCACUGCCGCCCGCACUCUGCCGUUUGCCGCGUCUGGCCUCGCGCCCUGCUCGCCUUUGGCGGGAACUGGUGGGGGCGUGGCCUGGCCUCAGGGGCGCCGUCCGGCCUCACGCGCGCGAGCCUCGCGCCCCCCGGGGCUGGGAACGCAGUGGCCGCGCGCGUGGCCAGCCUCCUGGGACCAGCACGAGCCAAGGGCUGAUCGGGCUCCCAAGGAUGUGGGAUUCCAGCAGACACGUGUGUUCCCCGGAACGGCCCAAAGCCGGUUCCCUGAGCCCCGGGGACAGGAAGCAGAGGAAAAAUCACACCAGCAAACUGCACGAGCUGGCAUUGCUGCUCCCUGUGGCCCUGAAGGUCGGGACCAAGAAGCUCACCAAGAAGGAGAUUCUGCUGCACGUCCUGCAGUACAUUCAGCACCUCCAGAGAAGCAUCGACAUGGCCAAGGCCUUGCUCCAACUGCACACCUCCGAUGGCGAAGGCGGGCUGGGUCGGAGCCCAGCUGCGGGCCCCUCGAGGCACAGACACUCCACCCCGUGCAGCUCCCCACACUCUCGCAAGUCCCGGCUGCGAGGAGCCUGCCAGAAGCCCCAGAAGAAGAAGCUGGCCCGAGCGUCAGAACGCCAGACCCAGGCCCAGAACCCUCGCCGCUGUCUGGCCCUGGACAAGCCCAACGAGCAGGUGACCUCAUCCCCAGACCAGAAAGGAGGCAAUGUGGCGGGGACCGCCACCCCUCCAAGAUGCCCCAGCUCCUGCGGUCACCCCAAGCCUGUGUCAUCCCCGCCUCGAGGUGACAGGAAGGGAGGAAGAUCCUGGCUGACGUUGCUGGAUGUGGCCGAGAGCAGUGUCCAGUGUGACAUCUCAAGCUGCUACUGCAAACACGGUGCCCGGGACGCCGGGCCUGACCUGGCCUUCGAGGCCCAGCAUGGGGCGGAGAGGAUCCAUUUCCUCCACAGGACACAGCCCCUCCCCAGGCAGCAGCUGGUGUUCUACGAUUCCUGUGAGGAGGUGGACAAGGAGACCCUGGACGCCGACCCUUGGCUUCCCGCCUGGAUCCCAGAGGGCAGCCCCCAUGGGAGCCCACUGGCCUUGGGGCCUCCCCAGAUUGGCAGCUGGAGUGUGACAGGCCACCCGAGCGAGGUCCUGGGGCUCAGCCCCUCCCUCUUCAGCUCCCCGGGGAAACUGCUGCCAGAACAGAUCUUGGAGGACGACGCCGAGUACCUGAGCCAAGUGCUCUUCGAAGAAGUCUUCUCAGAUCCCGCGCUGUCGCCUUCUGCCUGCGCGCUCGAGGCACCGCAGAAGGACACGCCCUCUGAGGACCCCAAAGAGGCCCCGGACUCCCACAGCCUGUGCCAGUCCUCCGUCUCGCUGGACCAUUGCUACCUCUCCCUGAGCGAGAACAGCAAGGUGCCGUCCAGCCCCAGCUCUGUGGCCACGGACUCCGAGGCGGCGUGGGUGCAGCUGGAGGAUGCUCAGGCCCAGAGCCUGCAGUCCUCCAGCGACGAGGACGGAGACUACACGUGGACCCCCACCCGGCGGGCCUCGACUCUGUCCCCAGCCGGGAGAAAAGCCCGGAAGGGCCGGGCGGGCAGGGGCCCCGUGAAGCCCAAGGAGAAGAAGAAAGCCCUGGGCGCUGGCCAGACGAAGAAGAAGUGCGUCAACGGCUUCAUCAUGUUCUGCAGGAUGAACCGGAAGCAGUACAUCCGAACCUGCCCCGGGACCGCAUCCACGGCCGCCACCAAGGAGCUGGCGCGACUCUGGCGGGUGAUGACGCUGCGGGAGCGCAGGCCGUAUUGCAUCAAAGCUCGCAGGUUCAGCCGCCAGCACAACCGCAUCGUGAAGCAGGACAGCUCCAGCAGCGAGGACGACGACUGGGAGACCCCCAAGCCCUUCUACCAGCUGCUGGCCGAGAAGGCCCGCCGGUCCCCAGAGCCGGCCCCCCGCGGCCCUCCGGGCACCAGUGAGAGGUAGCCCUGCCCGCCUGGCCCUGCCGCUCCGGAGGCUCUUGCGGAAACCAGGAGCCCGGGAGGACGAGGUGGGCCUCUCCUGGGCCUCACGGGCCUGUGUAGUCCCCUGGGGCCAGGCGGGGGAGGAUUUAUCGACCCCGAUGCUUCCUGCGUUAGCCGUGCCUGAACUCCACCCGUCGCUGCCCUGCUCACAGCCCGUCUGCAGGGGUGCAUGUGGGGAGCAGGCAGCCCUGAACGAAAUGCGGGGGGGUGACGGUGAGAGCAGGGCCCCCUCCGCCCGCCGCCGCCCCAGAAUCAAAUGGUUUCAACCUUGUCUGCUCUCACCCUACCCCACCCUCCCUCCCCUGUUCUAUUUAUAGAUUAUUUAUUGUUUCAACAAAAUAAAGCAGGUGGAACUCUUGUUACCAGAGAGGGAGACAAGG